AUGAACGCAAUGGAGUGUGAAAGCGACUCCUCAAGUGAAGAAAAUACAGAUAAUGAGCUCAAAAAGCAACAGAGUAAACAAGAGGGAAAGAAAAAACGAACGUAUGAACAGAAGUUUUGUAAUGCUUGGCUUUCCAAUGCGAAUUUCAAGGGAUGGAUUCAGGAGACAAAGGGGACAAAUGGCAAUAGUGUACCUUACUGCAAGGUAUGUAAGGUAAAACUUUCCUGUUCCAAAACUGCUCUUACAAGACAUAUGAAAGGUAAAGGACACACAGAGGCAUGUAAGAUGACUGCUGAACUAAGGAGAUCGCAUUUAAAUAUUGGAGAAUUGUUAGGUGCAACAGACAAGUCUGUGGCGAAACUAGAAAUAAAACUAUGUAGCUUUAUUUUUGAACAUAAUCUGCCCAUCCAAUUAAGUGAUGAUCUCUUAGCCCUACUGUCCAGCUUAUUUCCAUCGAAUAAGACAGUUCAAAAAGCAACAUUGGGAAAGCAGAAAGCGACAAAUGUUAUUCGCCAGGUUCUGGGAUUCAAUACCCAAAAGGCCGACUCCAUUAAUGGUCUGAAGUCUCGAAAAUUUUCAUUGAUCAUUGAUGAGAUAACAGAUCGUUCACGUAAGAAUCAGCUGGCAGUAUUGGUGACCUACUUCAAUCCAGAUACAUUUAAAAUGGACUGUGACUUAAUUGACAUUGUCCAGUUAGAUGAUGGAAAAGCUGACACAAUUUUCAAAGCUAUAGUGGAAUGCUUUGAGCAGAAAGGUAUUCCAAUGGAGAAUAUAAUCGGGUUUUGUGCAGACACCUGUAAUGUAAUGUUCGGUAUACAUCACUCUGUUGCACAAAUGCUGGUAGCCAACUAUCCAUGGAUAAUACCUAUCAAGUGUUCCUGCCACAUGAUCCACCUUUGUGCUUCCCAUGCAUCCCUACAGCUUCCAAAGUCUUUAGAAGAUGUGUGUCGAAAUAUAGCUUCAUAUUUUCACUUAUCUCCACUACGAACAAAGAAUUUUCAGGAAUUUCAAGAGUUCUUUGAUAUUGAAAAACAUCAGCUUCUGAAUGCUGGACAAACCAGGUGGUUGUCAAUGAAGAUGUGCGUUGACAGGAUUAUCGAACAAUAUGAAGCCUUGAAGCUAUAUUUCACAGGAGCAGCACUGGAAGAUCCUACACAUACCAAUGAUAACAUUCUGAAGAGUCUCAACAACAAGUUUACCCUGGCAUAUCUUCAGUUUAUGGCCUUUAACCUUGGAAGAUUUGUUUCUUUUAAUACCUUGUUCCAAAGUGGAAUUCCUGUCCUCUACUUGCUGAAAAGUGAAUUAAAAACUCUGCUGACUUCAUUAUUAUCAGAUUUCAUGAACGUACAUAUUAAUAAUAAUGAUGUUUCAAUUACUUAAAAUAUAUUAUUGAAUAGGGAGGGCAAGUCACCAGUCAAUUUUUAUCACUUUAACUGUUAAAUUUUUUAUCAUAUAGGUAUCAUUUAUACGACAAGCUGAUCCAUGGCUUAUUGAUAUUAAUGACCAAGAGCAUUAUGUCCCACUGAACCACGUUUAUGUGGGACCUUGUGCAACAGACACCAUGCAGACCAUUAAAGAUGAUCUUGGUGUGGAUCAUCCUGGUAUCCAGCUAUUUUUUACUCAUUGUAGAAACUUUCAGAUUGAAGCUGUGAAGCAAAUUUUAUCACGAUUCAAUGAUUGUGAUAAGCUUGACUUUUUAUCAUUCCUCACACCUGUUUCUGCUUAUGCACUGUCUCCAGUAUCUUUGUUGCAAGUCUAUAGACAAUUGGCACAGCUUAAGGAUGUUGCAGACUUGCAAGAAGCUGAUAAUGAAUGGCGGCAACAUGCACUGUGCCCCAACUUGAAUGGAGAAAUGAGUUUUCUGGAAUAUUGGACAGUUGUUUUUAAGGAGAAAAAUCAAGUUGGAGAAAUGAUUUAUCCCAAUUUAACGAAACUAGUAGCCACUGUGUUAUCCUUGCCAUUUUCAAAUGCUGCUGUUGAGCGUAUUUUCAGUCAAUUGAAACUUAUCAAGAGUGAUCAUAGGGCAUCACUUAAGCAAGAAAGUUUAUUGGCAUUACUUUCCACCAAGUAUUCCUUCCUGAAGAAAGGAAAACGACAGGCUGUUAUGAUGGAUCCUUCAAGUGAAAUGCUUGACCUACAUAAGCGAAUGAAAUCCAGUGCAAAAGAUGAAGAUGCAGGGAAACUAAGAGCUGAGUUUUUGAAGGAACUGAAAAAUGUUAAAACUUAA